GAGAGAGAGAGAGAGAGAGAGAGAGCGAGAGAGAGAUGAGCGUUUUCCUCUCUCCUCCCUAAAGCAUCUCGGCGUGAGGGGAAUUUGGGAGAGUGGGAACUCAACCGCAAAGUUGACGAACUUUUCACAUCUUUUACAAACGCCAUUUUGAUUCGUCUCCGGAACAACUUUUGCAGCUUCUUUCUGUUUCUCUCUCUUUCUCUCUCUCCUCAGCUCACCAUCAUCAUCACCAUGUCUCGGCGAAAGCAACCCAACCCCAACAAAGUCAAGCUGUGAGCAGUGGUUGCUGACACACGAGGUGCACUGCGGUCUCUCUUCAACCUCCGAACGGCAGCAGAAUAACACAACCUCGUCUGAGGACGGUUAUGGAAAAUACAACAGAUGAGGCAAGAACAGAAUCUGCAAAUUGCACCCUUAGUAGGGAGGAGGCGGAGCAAAGCGAUGAGUGCCAGAGCCCCGCCCCCACAGGAACACAAACAACACACACAGAGAGUUCUACCAGUGUAGAGGAGGAAGCAAAUGAAUGGGAGAACGGACAGAAUAGAUUAGACGGAGAGAUGGAGGUAGCCGAUGGGGUGGACCUGUCUUCCAUUAACUCCAUGAUGAGCACUGUGAUGAAAGCAGCUCAGCUUAACGGCAGCGUAGACUCCGCCCACACCACGCCCAGUAAGGUGUCCAUCAAAAGCCCCAGCACCAACCGCAGUGGAAGAAAGACCCAGGAAGCCAAAGAUGACAGCGGGUGUAUCAUCUGUCCACUGUGUGAUAAGAGCUUUCAGACCCAACACCAGCUCACCAUGCACAUCCGCCAGCACAACACCGAUAGCGGGACUGCGGACCACUCUUGCAGUAUCUGCGGGAAGGCUCUGAGCUCGGCGAGCUCUCUGGAUCGUCACAUGCUAGUGCACAGUGGAGAGAGACCCUACACAUGCUCUGUGUGCCAUCAGACUUUCACCACCAAUGGCAACAUGCACAGACACAUGAAGAUCCACGAGAAGGACGCCAGCUCCAUCCCCAACAGUCCGAGUCGGUCUCCACUUAAGCGACGACGUACCUCUACAGCCAAACGCAAACUAAGCCACGAUGAAGACAUUGAGAAGACAGAGGAGACAACUAGCAAAAAGGUCAAAGAAAAUAGCGUUGUAGAUGAGCAGAGUUUGAACAAAGGACAGGAAGAAGUCUUGUGUCCUAUCUGCUUCAAGACCCUCACCUGCAGAAACGACUUUGAUGCCCACAUGGAGACCCAUCCUGACACUACACUGAGAUGUGAUUUAUGCUGCAUCUCAUUCCGGACACAACGAAGUUUGCUCCGCCACAAUGCAGCUACCCAUAAGCAGCUACCCACAGACCCCAACGGACAACCCUUUAUUCAGAACAACCCAUCCAUCCCUCUUGGCUUUAAUGAUCUGGCUUUCAUUGACUUUUCAUGCCAGAAGUUCCCGCAAAUUGCCCAGAUUUGGUGUGAAACCAACCUUCGGCGAUGCACUGGCAAAUUCCAUCGUUUUGUAUGUGAUGCAUGCGAUAAGGCAUUCCCUCUUAGCUCGGCUCUGGACUUGCACAAAGCCUCUCAUGAGACUUCCAGUGGCACCCAAGAGACAACUUCACCCUUAAUUAUGAAAGAUGAGCCUCCCACUCCUGAGAAAAGCAGCUUCAUGGACUCUCUGGGCUUGCAGCACAUCUCUCAGGUUAAGCCUGCCCCCUCAGAAGAGGAUGUCCAGCAGGCCAAGCUAGAUAGCAUUCGGGUUAUCCACGUGGAGCAGAAUCAGUCCUCUGUACCUCAGGAGGCUGGCCUUGUUGGAGGGGCUAACCUGUCUCUUGUAGACCCAACGACUCUUCAUGGUCUGUCCCAUCAAGAGGCUCUCAAACUGCUGUCCCUUCAGCCCUUCCAGACUGGUUUUCUGGUGCAACCAGAUGGUGGUAUGGUAGUGAAGCCAGUUUGUGGUGAAUCCAACAUGGAACUCGCUGAUAUACAGCAAAUAAUCAAAGUAACUUCCGCUGCCCGUAACCAAAUCACGCUCCCACCCUUAUCCAAGGCGCCUUUUAGUGCCGUGCAGUUGGGCUACAAGCAGAUGCCUCCACUCAAGCCAAAGCCCUUGGUGGCUCCCAGAACCAGUAUGGUAGCUUCAACUCCACCACCCCUAUUGAACACCCAGCAAGCUUCCUUGGGCUGUGUCAGCCCUAGCCUCCCACCCCCUGCCAGCUAUCCUCUCAAGACAGUUCGGGACCUCUCCCCAUCUUCCUCAUCCAAUUCUGCCAACAACCAUGCUUCGGCAGAGAGGAUACAAAUGGAGGCCGACUGCAUGGGAGAUGCCCAUACCCCAAUGGACAUGGAUGAAAGACAUAUCAAACAGGAGAACGGCAAGUUAGAAGAGACCACUGGAAAGAAGGGAACAUCUCAAAAGGGCUCGUACCCCUGCCGAUUUUGUGACCAGGUCUUUGCAUUUUCUGGUGUACUGCAGGCACAUAUGCGAUAUCAUUUGGGCAUCCUACGCCACCAAUGCAAUAUCUGUGACUAUGUUGCCCCAGACAAGGCAACACUGAUCCGUCAUUUGAGAACGCACAGUGGUGAACGUCCCUAUGUCUGCCAGCUCUGUCAUUACCCAUUUACUGUCAAGGCUAACUGUGAGCGACACCUUCGCAAAAAGCACAUGAAAAGCAAUCGCAAGGAGAUUGAGAAAAACAUUAAGUAUGUUACCUCGUCCACACCAGACAUACUGGAGCAGGCUGGAACUAGUGAAACUACCUGCCGCUUCUGCGGGGAGGACCUAAAGACCUUUCGAGCCCUGCAGAUACACUUGCGCACACACAAUGGCUGCCAGCGAAAGCCAUUUGAGUGCAACCGUUGUGGAGCAGCUUUCCUUGCCAAGCGUAACUGUAUCCAUCACCUUCUGAAACAACAUCCAGAGGUCCAAGAGCAGGAUAUUGAAGAGCACAUAAUCACUCUUCUAGCUGCAUCAACCCAAAAUAGCCCAAAUCCAUCUCCUCUCAAUGGGGUUUCUCCUAGCACUGUAGUGCAGCCUAUCAAAGUUGAGGACCUUAGCUUUUUCAACGUAGAUAUGGAUCAACCUCUGGACUUCUCUAACAAAAGCCGUGGGAGCAGCAGUGCUGGAAGUGUGAGUGGAUCUCCUGGGAUCAAAAUUGAACCUGUCUCUUAUGACUCUAGCAUGGAACCAAUUGACCUCUCUAUUCCUAAGAAUCCUGUGAAGAAGCUUAAACAAGACAUUGAGGCCAAAUUGCCAAGGGAGGUUAAGAAAGAACAGUCAUCAAUUAGCAUACUUGCACAAGCUCUUCAGGCCGAGAAGUCCAAUGAUGAGAAGUCUCAACCUCUUGGAUGCUACCAGGUCCCUGUUGCUUUGUCCUCCCUUACUGGUAGCACUAAUGCUGCAGGAAGGCUCUUGCGUUUAAAGCCCCUGCUUCCUAAACCUUCCUCUGCUGCUGUGAAGGAGCUUCCACCACUAGCAUCCAUUGCUCAGAUCAUUUCCUCAGUUUCUGGUGCCCCUGACCUUCUUAAAUGGGACAACACUUGUAGUCUUCAGGCUGAUUCUGACACACAUGGCAAGCAAGAAUCACCAGAUAUUUUGACUGAAGAGCUCUUACUAGAGAGCUCAAAGAAGAGGUCCAGGAAAAGGCCUACCAACAGCACAGUGAAAGAGAAACCUGUGAUGAAUGCCACAGACCCAAGUAUUGAUUUGGAGUCUAGUGGGGAGUUUGCUAGUGUUGAGAGGAUGUUGGCAACCACUGAUGCCAACAAGUUCAGUGCCUAUCUUCAGACCAACACAAUUGAUUUGGCAAGAAAAGGCAGGCAGCAGCCAGGUGCUAGUGACGAGAAAGAAGUGAAUGAUGAGAAACACUUGCCAGCCCAGCAGUCCAAAGGAAAGAAGAAUGCAUACUCAAAUUCUGUGCAAAAGAUGACUUGCCCCUUUUGUCCCAGAGUUUUCCCUUGGUCCAGCUCGCUUCAGCGCCACAUGUUAACACACACAGGUCAGAAGCCAUAUCCUUGUCCCCAGUGUGAUGCCUUCUUCUCGACCAAGUCCAAUUGUGAGCGACAUCUUUUACGCAAACAUGGCGUUUCCAACAGAGUGCUUCGACGCAAUGGUGCAAUACCCAAGCCUAAGGAAGCAGAGGAAGGCUCACCAGAGAGUGCAGAGAGCUCAUCUGAGACGGAGCUUCUUGUGAGUGAGGCAAUGGAUCUCACAAGAUCAGACCCUGAGAAGCCUGUGGCAUCAGAUGCUGAGAAACCUUCACCAGCUAAGCCGACAGAGGCAGCCGUGGUAGAGCCUCUUCCUCACAAAGAAGAGGACCCAACAGCCCUCGAGUCUUUGAAGCACAAUGACCCAGAAAAAGAGGAUGGCGAUUCCCAUAGCAAUAAGACCCUUGACUUGACAUUUGUUUCCAAGCCAAAGGAUUUCAAGAUCACUGAGAAAGACAAGCCGCAGUCCUCCCCUACAGCAGACAGCGACAUGUCUGACAAAGCAACACCCCAGGAGGAGUCCAAAUUGACCUGCAAGAGUUGCAAGAAGAGCUUCCGCUAUGCUGCUACCUUGACCAGACACGAGAAAGUUCACCAGCUGGAUGUAGCAUCAGACUCCACUAAUGGACCGGAACAAAGCCUCACAAAAUCAGAUGAUCCAAUUGUGCCUUGUGAAAAUAAGAAAGCGGUUACAGAAGAAGAGGUGGAGAGUGUAAGGAAGGGCACAGCAGAGAACGAGGGAAUGGGCAGUGUGGUGGAGAGUGGGUCUGAGGAGGAUAAAGAGGAGAGGAGUGAUGAAGAGGGAGCUGCAACUGAACCAAAGAGUGCUGAGGGAGAGACUGAAGAACCUGGCAGCAAGCCGGACAAGAGAAAAAAGGUGUGCAGUAUAUGCAAUAAACGUUUCUGGAGCCUUCAGGACCUCACCAGACACAUGCGCUCUCACACAGGUGAGAGGCCUUACAAAUGCCAGACAUGUGAGCGCACGUUCACCCUCAAGCACAGUUUGGUCCGACAUCAGCGAAUCCACCAGAAACUCCGUGGAGCGGAUAGUGAUGGUUCGACUUGCGGGGUCACAGGUGGACCAGACGAGGACGGCUUCAGCGGGCGUUCGGCUAGCGAAGGCGAGUGCACACCCACCAGCACCAAUCCACCCUCUGAGAACGAAAGUGAAUUAUCAGACACUGUAAAGGGGGAACCAACCUCACAGGAGAAAGAGGAUUGUGUACCCUCUGCGGAAACUGAAGAGUUUAAACUAACCUUCAAGACAAAACCUGCAUCAGCAACAGAGACACCCAAAGAACAUCCAGCAGAGAAACAAGCAUCGGAUUCACCCACCGCAUCCGACUUAGAGCCGUCGGAGGGAUUCAUUCAAGGCUUACUGGAGAUCCACACCAAGCCCACUACUGAGCACAUUUUGCCCACCCCCGAGCCGCCACUGCUUGGCGCGGAGUGAAGAGCGACUCUUUUCUUGUGGUGAAAUAUGCUGCAACAAGAAGCAGUGCCAUAUAACAAAAGUACAUUGCAAUGAGAAAAAAGAAGCAAUGACUCUUUCCAAGUGCCUUUCUACUUUUUUUGCUAUAUCUUUAUCAGCAUUUACCAUGAUCGAAAGUUGAUUUUUAUAGUAUUUUACGAUUUUUUUGUGUAAUCCUGAGAGAACUACUUUAAGCAAUAUAUGAACAAAUUUGCAUAUCGUAUUGUACAGUUCAGAGACUUAUGAAAAGCAAGUUUAUACCCUUACCAGUGACGGCUGAGAUUAACAAGAGGACAUGUUUCUACUGAGAGGCUUGCACCCAAGUGCAUAACUGGAAUACGCAAAGACGACUUGUUCACCAUAGGGCUUCUUCGUUGCUGUUUGUCCUCUUUAAUUUCCCAUUUUGUGUAAUUCGUUUAAUGACGGAGGCUUCCAGAGUAAUUGUUUUAUAACAGAGCUCUGUUAUUCUGGGUGCUGUCGUGUAAAGAUGUUUUGGGGAAACAGCCAAGCAAAACGAUGUUCAGCAGCUGCCGCGUUAAGUAUAUGGGCAAUGUUUGCCCAAAACAGGUGAUGAAUGUCCAGCUGUGCUGAUUGUGUCAAUGUGUUUAGUUAGCAUUUGUGUUCCAUUUUUUGGCACAAAAGGAUGGUUUUUAAUGUGGGAAGGCAAUGUUUUUAGAUUUAAGGGCUCUUGAAUUAUGUCCCUCAAGCCCCGUCUCAGCUCCUUAAGAAUACAAAAAUAAAAAAGCAAACACACUGAGGAAUUACAGGAAGCCCAUGAGUUAUGAAUCUGAUGUACUUGACAAAAAUACGAUGAAAUGUGUACCUGUGUCCAGGGUUACCGUCUUCCAAAAGCUUCACUUUUUAAGCCUUACUCUUUCGUCUGAGCAUUUAGGCAGGUGUCUCACUUUCUGCCGGGCUCACGAACUAGAACUCAUGGUGUACUUGAACCCUGUCGCCCUGCUGCCUCCUUCCAGGACGUCGUCCUGAAGCGCUCCUCAACUAGGAGGACCCCAUGUCAAUCACACGUUCUUUUGUGUAGUGUUGGAUCUCUUUGACCUCUCAGUUUUAUGAACUCGUGUUGUAAAGAAACCUCAGACACAAACAAAGCAAACCUCAAAGGGCAUGGAGACUGUAUGAAAAUUGUGUGGACUGGUAAGCAUCUUCAAUUAUAGGUCUCCUGAUUUCCUGGAGCAGCCGUUUACCCAAACGGAUGCCUGUUGAUCGGCACGUGCCGAAGUGCAAUGACAGAAUACGAAAUGCAAGCAAACAAGGAAAAGGAAUAUUGAACCAAUAGUGGGGCUGAGGAGAGAGUUUGCUGUGCGCCCCCUAGUGGUGAAGAUCUAACAUCUCUGCUCAGGCACGAGACUUGUAGUAUUGGAUGAACUUGAAUGCAAUCGCUUUAUCUGUGUAUUCCGGGACUUCUGCUUCCCCCGAUGCCUUUUCCUGGGUUCAUGCGAGUGUGUUUUGUGUUGGUUGUGUGCAGAAGUGACUGGUUUCCUGGUAAGAAUGCUCACAGAUGUUUUUAAUGUAUUUAUUAUGACCCAGUGCGGGUGAAGAAGUAAAUGUGGAGAAGCCAUGUAUUAACACAAUUAUGCUGCAUAAAAAUGAUUCAAAUUCAAUACUUAGCAUCCCAGCUUUGAUCUGGGUCCUUGAUGAUGAUGAUAAUAAUCACUUUUGAUCUGAAAGCUUUAUGUAGAUCUUUGUAUGCAUUUUUUUUUUUAGAAUGUGUGGUCUGUUUCUGUUAUCUUAUUAUUAUGAUGAUUAUUUCAGUUUGACAGAGAUAAAAGUUGUUUUCAUUGAUAUAUUCUUUUGUGUAUAAAACUGUGAAGUUUACUGUUAUUCUGCUAUGGGUGGAUCUGUAGGGUAGUUUUGCAUGAUAACCUUUUAUGUUGUUCAGUUAUAAUAAUUGUUUUCGGUUUCGCCCCUCCUGCCGCCCCGCUCUGUCUCACUCUCAGGGUUCAUACAAAAGGCUUUCUCAAAUCGUCAUUUUUCUUGCAACAAAAAAUUCUCUUCACAUAUGAUUUCUGAAUAUGUUGAAUCGUCAAUCACUACUUUUUUUAGCACUUGACUGUGAAUUCAAAUGAACAGGGUGGAGUUCUCAAAUCCACAUUCCACUCAUGGGCUUUCUACAAGAUAUGUUCUCCUUUUUCUGUUUUUUUAUUUUAAUCCUCCCCGUCUCUUUGGAAAAACGCAGCGGAAUGAGACCUGUCACUGUUUGACGUGCUGACUGAUGUAAAAGGGAGCUUUGUGUCGCUGCUACAUCCCCAAAAAUAAUUCUACUGGACUUGAAUGGAACCAGAAUCACCAGAACAUUUUUGGUACACUACUCUUGUUCUUCAGAAUC